UUCGCGCGCUUUGUAGUGCACGGAAAGGCGGUAGUCGAGCUGUUGUCGUGACAACCGAUAACGGGACUCCCGUGAAGGGGGCAGCAAAGCGCCAGAAAGAGAGCGAGGCAGCGCGCGCGCGUUGAGCUAGUGCACGCGAGAAGCGCGCGGGCUGUAUCGCAGUUUCUCCCGCUCCUCUCGCGCGUCAGUAGCGGAUCUCUCUCGAUCGGUUCACAGCGUCUCUUUUCUUUCUGUCUGUGGAUUUAUUAUCUGUGGAGAUGUUUGUGUGGAGACGCGUGUCGUUUCGACAGCUGCAGGCGAGUUUUUUCCGACUGCUGUGUUUUAUUCCCACAGGACUGCCGGUGAUCAGCGUGGACAGUCAGAGAUCCACCGACAACAUCACCAUCAGACAGGGAGACACGGCCGUGAUCCGGUGUUAUGUGGAUGAUAAGGUGUCUAAGGUGGCGUGGUUAAACCGCUCAAACAUCAUCUUCGCUGGAGAGGACAAGUGGUCUCUGGACCCUCGGGUGGAGCUGGUGACUCAGGGUCAGUUGGAGUACAGUCUGAGGAUACAGAAGGUGGACGUGUUUGACGAGGGACCCUACACCUGCUCCAUCCAAACCAAACAAGAGCCCAAAACAUCACAGGUCUAUCUCAUCGUCCAAGUCCCUGCAAACAUUUAUAAAGUUUCGGAGGACAUCACUGUGAACGAGGGCAGUAAUGUGACCCUGACGUGUUUAGCUAAUGGGAGGCCGGAUCCAGCCAUCACCUGGAGACUUCUCAACCCAUCAGCCGAGGCUCUGGACGUCGGGGAAUAUCUGGAGAUUUCAGGCAUGGUGAGGUCUCAGGCCGGACGUUACGAGUGUAAAGCCAGUAAUGAUGUUUCCACACCCGAUGUCAAAUACGUCAACGUGAUUGUCAACUAUCCUCCGUAUAUAAAAGCCGUGCGGAGUUCAGUGACUCCUGUGGGACACGCUGGGAUUCUGCACUGUGAGGCGUCGGCCGUCCCGCAGCCGGAAUUUGAGUGGUUCAGAGACGACCGCAGAUUGUCGAGUUCUCAGAGUGUUAACAUUCAGAUCACGGGAUCUCGAACACUGCUGGUCGUCGCAAACGUCACUGAAGAUGAUUAUGGAAAUUACACGUGUGUCGCUACAAACAGACUGGGCAUCCACAACGCAAGCGUGUUCCUCUACAAACCUGGCACCGGGCGGGACAUCAACGGAUCCGACUGCAUGUGUCAAUCAUUGGGGCUCCUCCUCCUGUCUGUGCUCUUUGCACUUUUGAAGUGUUAAUGUUCAGCGCCACACGGUGGAUCGUCUCAGACUGUUUCCAUCCCUCCGUCCAUCCUCGCUCACCGUUACCCAGCAGGACGACUGAUGUAUUAUCAGGACAACAUAUGACAUAGGGCUGAAGGUGCUGUUUUUAUCAACUGAAUAUUGUUCCUGUGCCACACAGUGUCUGACUGAGCGUCUGUCUCUUCUGGAUGUUUCACACCUGACAGCAUGUGUGUGUGUGUAAUAAACCUGUCGAACCCAACCGGCAAUCGUCUAGAAAUGUAGAAAAUAGCUCUUGAUGUCAUUGCGUUGUCCCAUAAAACUUGAGUCUGCUCCAACACGUGUUCAACAAGCCGAGCCCAGAACAUCACUUCACAUCAUUUAAACGCAGUUGCCAAAAACACUAAACACGCGUCUGUUUAUUAUUAUUAUAAUUAUUGAUAUGUUUUGUUAUAUGACCAAAUGUUAAAUCUGUAGUUCUGAAUGUUGCUAACAGUAUUAGCUUCACGCUGCUGAUACCUCAAGAAAGAACAUGAAUGUGUGUUUCUAUCACUUGUUCUCAUUGUGAGUCUGACGUCCGUCGUUGUGUUUGAAGAUGAUCACGGCGGUCACAUUGCUCCUAGUGAUGGGUCGUUCGUGAAUGAUUCGUUCAUUUUGAACGAAUCUUAAAUGUGACUCGGGAAGAACGAGUUGUCAUGGGAAGUGAUUCGUUCAGUCGCGCAUGCGCAUUGCGCAACAUGCUCCGGACGUUUAACAAAUGCAAUCAGAGCCAGAAAGAGAAUUGAUUAGUUCACCUCUCGAGUCUUCGGGUUCGAGUCGUUCGGUCUUUUGUAAUGUGACGUGAAAGCUUUGGACACAUAAAUUAGCUAAUUUACAACCUUCAAUGGGGGCACGGUGGCUUAGUGGUUAGCACGUUCGCCUCACACCUCCAGGGUUGGGGGUUCGAUUCCGGCUUCCGACUUGUGUGUGUGUGGAGUUUGCAUGUUCUCCCCGUGCCUCGGGGGUUUCCUCCGGGUACUCCGGUUUCCUCCCCUGGUCCAAAGACAUGCAUGGUAGGUUGAUUGGCAUCUCUGGAAAAAAUUGUCCGUAGGGUGUGAGUGUGUGAGUGAAUGAGUGAGUGUGUGUGCCCUGCGAUGGGUUGGCACUCCAUCCAGGGUGUAUCCUGCCUUGAUGCCCGAUGACUCCUGAGAUAGACACAGGCUCCCCGUGACCCGAGGUAGUUCGGAUAAGCGGUAGAAAAUGGAAUGGAAUGGAAACAACCUUCAUAAGAAACGGGUGCAUAGCCUAGCCCUAGUGUUUGUUAAUUGAUAGACAAAGACAGUGAAAUGAUAAAUGAAUCAAGAUAAGAGGUGAGGUGAGCUAAUCAUAGACGAAAUACCAAAGUAAACAAGUAAUUAAUCUUUUCUGUUUAUUAUAGCAUUAUAGUUUUGUAUUGGUUUUAAUGAGAUCAACCUUUGCAUAAGUAGUAGAUUUGUUAGGAAAGUGACAUGUAACAUUUUAAUUAUACUUUGCUAAACUGAACGAAAGGAACGAUAUGACUCGACAAAAGAUUCGUACAUUUUGCUGAACGAGACUCAAAGGUCCGAGUCAAUAAAAUGAUCCGAACUUCCCAUCACUAAUUGCUCUGAAUCCAAACUCCUCCCACAUGCUUAACCCCUCCCACACGGACAGUCAAUCCCGCCUGUGAGGAUUUUGGAGGGCUACCCGUGAAAUGUAUUGAGAAUGAUUUAAAAACUAUCUUUAAUAUUUGAUGGUAUAUUUAUUGCAUUUUAUACAUGAAAACUUCAUAUAUACUCAUGCGCUUAUAUAACAAACUCCCGCCAUGUCACACAAACGUCUCAAUCCUCCAAUGACGUCAUCGUCAUCAGAUCAUGUGACUCUAAUGAAGGCUAACCGACACUUCUGUUGUGUGUAAAUAGUUUUUGGAAUCAGACGUUCUUGUGUGUUUAAAUGAAUCUAAUGGUAAUUCAGGUGAUCGUGUAGUUAAUCUUCUGCUUCCUGACAGGAGGAUAAUUAGAUCCUAAAGCUUUUUAAUAGAAAGAAUUUACACAAUCUUUAAAUAAUUAGAUUUGAAACGCCUGCACUGUUCUUAUGAAGAGAGAAUAUUAAUCAUAAUUGUACAGAGACAUUUACUGCCAAAACAAAUAAACCCCGUUAGAUUAAAAAGCCAUGAUGUGUUACAGAUGAAUGACACACACCACACGUUUGUGUUAGUAUUGCGUGUGUGUGUUUUAGCUAGCGUUUAACAUCCGUCUGUCAGUUUAAAGCAGUACGACAGAUUUGAUUGUCAACUUUUCAUGUUUGUGAUUGGAUGCCUUGAUUGAUGACGUCACCAUCUGCGUGUUUGAAUUUAAAGGGCCAGUCACGUGUCUUCUGUACCACAGAGAUGUAUGAUCCACAGUCGUGAAGUUUGUGUCUCAUGUAUGAAUGUGAGGAUCGGAGCGCGUGUGCGUGCAUCAUGAUAAGAUGAAAUGUGUUUUUGUGGAUCCUCUUCUGCUAUGAAACACGCCGGAGUUUCCAGUCGCAUCAUCCUCAUCAAAAGCAAUUAAGAUUUUCUAAGCGCGUUUAUUUACUCUGAAGUCGCCGCAGUGGAUUUUGAAACCCUUCUGCACUGUCAGGGACUCAUGAAAUGUGUCGAAUGGAAAUAAAGUCAUUUGAAUCGGAUGUUUCCAAAAUGGGUUCAAACCGUUUUUCGGUGAGAACAUGAUAGUGAUGAAAUCUGUUAAUCAUGUAACAUGCAAAUAAAGAAAUAUAACGAUUGUUAGA